GGAUAAGCUCCAAUUCAUUCAGCUGCUGUUGUCGGUCUGAGGAACUCUCUGCUAUUCCAUUCACUUUUGUUCCCUAACAAUGACGAGCAAGAAGGUAAUUGCAGUGUUCGGAGCAACAGGUGCUCAGGGUGGUUCUGUGGCCAGGGCCCUCCUGGAGAGCAAAAAGUUCACUGUCAGAGGCCUGAGCCGGGAUGUGACGAGCCCGAAGGCACUGGCGCUCCAGGACCUUGGUGCUGAGGUGGUCCGAGGGGAUCUGAAUGAUGAAGCAUCUGUGGAAGCUGCCUUGCACGGUGCCUAUGGGGCCUUCGUGGUGACAAACUUCUGGGACCAUCACAGCAAAGAGAAGGAAGUGUGUCAGGGAAAGAUGGUGGCGGAUGCAGCCAAGCGCCUGGGUCUGAAGCAUGUGGUAUACAGCGGCCUGGAGAAUGUCAAGCGCCUAAGUGGCGGCAAGCUGGAGGUGCCACAUUUCGACGGAAAGGGAGAAGUGGAAGAGUAUUUCUGGUCCAUCGGCGUUCCCAUGACCAGUGUCCGCCUGUCAGCGUAUUUCGAGAACUUUCUCACUAUGUGGAAGCCCAUGAAAGCCUCUGAUGGAGACUACUAUACCUUGGCAUUACCUAUGGGGGACACCCCGAUGGAUGGCAUCUCUGUUGCGGACGUUGGAGUAGCUGUUCUCAGCAUCUUUAAUUCUCCAGAGGAGUUCUUCGGAAAGGCCGUGGGUCUCAGUGCAGAAGCACUGACUGUACAGCAAUAUGCUGACCUUUUCUCCAAGAGUCUGGGGAAAGAAGUCAGGGAUGCAAAGAUCUCCCCAGAAGCUUACGAAAAGCUGGGGUUUCCGGCAGCAGAGGAAAUAGCCAACAUGUGUCGCUUCUAUCAAAUGCGGCCAGAUCGUGACGUCAAACUCACCCACCGCCUAAACCCCAACGUCAGAAGUUUCAGCCAGUUUCUUGCAGAGAACCAGGGGACCUUGAAGGGCAUAUAGUGUCCACAGAGGCCCUGACUCACUGCAUCCGCCUUCCUUGGUUCUGGGCCCCUCCACCUCCUGGCAUCUACACUAGAAAACAGAUGUAUUAUGGUGCAAAUCUGGCAAGACUGCGACUUUCCCACUUAGAGGGAAAGCCUGCAGUCAUCACGGGUCAUGGUAAUAUGUGUGACUCACAGGGAGCUUUCCAGCUAGGGAUGAGGACAGGAUGUCUGCUUGGCUCAGUAAGUGCCACCGGCCUAAGCACUUCUUAUGGAUCCUUGUCUACAACAGCCAAAUUGCUUUCCCCAAACCCUGCCACUGGGAAGCUUGUGCUUUUGGAUGUCCUGACAAAAAAGGGGGUGUGGGGCCAGAGCAAUAGGACAGUGGGUAGGGUGUUUGCCUUGCAAGCAGCUGACCGGGUUUAACCCCCAGCUUCCUCUAGGGUCUCCCGAAUACUGCCAGGAGUAACUCCUGAGCAUUGCCAGGUGUGACCCCAAAAGAAAAAAAUUGGGGGUGUUACUCAGCUUUCUCCUGCAUUAGCGAUUUGGAUCCUUCAGAAUCUUCACUGGACAGCUCUGGGUUUUACACAUGCGUUAUCACAUUCUCAGUGAACUUUAUUUUUAAGGUGA